GUUCCAUCCCCUACAUGCAGGUUGCUUAACGGCGUCCGCCAUGGAAGCGUCCACAUUGCGAAUGGGCACGAAGUCAUAAUCGCAUUACUGCCAGUUCUUGUCUCGCUUCGGUACAAUAUUUACAAUGGCAGCCGGAGGAGGAUGGGCGCAACUGCGUCAACAGAUCAGGACACUGGAGAGUCAGACCGAAGCCUUAUUCCACACGUAUUCUCAAUUCGCUUCAACCCCGAAUCUCCCUGCUAAACCAUCGGAGGAAGAACAAAGGAACGAGGCGGAAAUCGUGGAACUGCUGGAGAAGCGAGACAGCUUAAUCGCGCAGCUAUCUAGACUUCUCGACUCUGAGAGCGCCUUGAGCACAUCUUCCUUGAAACAGAACAACCUCGCCCGACACCGCGAAGUCCUGAGCGAACACCGACAGGAACUCCGUCGCAUCAAAUCGUCUAUAUCCGAAGCACGAGAUCGUCAACAUCUCCUCGCCAAUGUCAGGUCAGACAUCGACGCAUUCCGAAGUUCGAAUCCGGCCGAGGCCGAAGCAGAAUAUAUGCUUCAAGAACGAGCACGGUUAGACCAGAGUCACAGUGUGAUUGAUGGCGUGUUGGCUCAGGCAUAUGCCAUCAACGAGAAUUUCGGCAUACAGCGAGAGACUUUGGCCAGUAUAAACCGACGUAUCACGAGUGCGGCAGCACAGAUACCUGGCGUGAAUGGAUUGAUUGCCAGAAUUGGCACUAAACGGCGAAGGGAUGGAAUCAUCUUGGGCAGUUUCAUCGCCUUUUGCUUUCUGAUGCUGCUCUACUUCAGCUGAUGUCCAAAAUGAACGCCGUUGAUGCCACAGCAACUAUGGAUCCCAUUAUUCAUUGGGGAAGCCCUAAGAUACUCAGGCCCGACCUGCUAAGCACAAUCUUCGAGGCCACGACGCUCGGAAACUCUCCAUCUUACAGCUGCCACUCACAUCAGACCUUGUCACUGGAGAUACGAAUGUUUGGAACCGUCGUUCUUCGGGCAAGAAGGCCGAGGGGCAACAAAUAUUGCCCAAUCUUCUCUCAGGCGACAGUCGAUUAAGGCUAGCAUCCCUUAUCAUGCAAGGAAGACUCCUUCGGAGAGGAGGCCCUUACGCAGCUGUAUUAAGCAGCAGCUCUUUGGCACGCUCACAUCUGACGUGAGGGCCAUCUGGCAGAUGCCAGCCUUAGAGUUCCUUUUGCCUGUCACCACAUGUUUCACCAACACCCCGAUUACCAUAGCCCUCCAGCACGACAGCGUAUCAAUAUCCUUCGACUUGUGAGGACGGAGGAUUAUUUGCAAACUUCACCUGCUGAAUCGCUCUCGCGCCCAGUGGUGUUCUGUACAGGGAUAUUCCAAUGUUUGCCCUUAUAUACCCUCUAGCAUACAGUGUCUAUCGGGAAACGCCAUUUCGUUCGUCCACAGAUAUACGGUCUGCUGGUUCUACCACAGUGAUCCUAUCAAUAAAGGCAUAUGGCGCAUUGGUAUCAAGGUAAAGCGAAAGCGUCUCUUUCAGUUCCGGAUGGUUUUCAGUGUUUUGCAAUCUGUGCAUGCGAGGUUCUGGCACAAAGCAUAAGAUGAAUCCAGAUAAGAUACUCCCUUGACUAUAUCACUUCUAAUGUAAUCCCCUUUCUACCUGUAUUUGGUCAAGCGUGAACUCGACAACACUGACUGAAUGGUCUCCCAAUGAUACAGGCCGGACGAAUCCUGGGCAACAGUUUGCUUGUUCUCAAAUGAACCAUGCGAGAAUACUUACGGAGAGACGAGCGCACCUUUCAGAACCUCAGGUACCUAACUCAUCUGCACAUCGCUUACGGGUACGGGUACUGCCUCUGCCAUGUCCGUAGCAAGUGGUCGAGACUCGGUCAAAAAGGUGGUUGACGUUAAAAGCCGCAGAUGGUCCGGGUACAUUUGGCAGUCGUCAGCUCGGUCUAAAUUAAAAAAGCCCGAAUGGUCAAUAGAGGAGGAUGAGAUCAUGGACGGUUACAUUCGAGGAAGUGUUAAGCAUUGCACGCACUCCUGUUACUAGUAUCUAUUUGCGACGCAACGCCAUUCCGGAAGCCCAUUGCCGUGCGCGGCCUGCCCGGCAAAAGGACUGGCUUGGUGGAAAGCAUAUGGGCAAUGCGGCUCCCACCUAGACACCCACGACACCGCAAAAGCAAAUGCUUGGAUCUUUGCCAAUUCUUG